AUGAGCUGCCGCCUGCCGAGGGGCGAGGGCAUCAGACCGGCGGAGGGAGACAGGGAUCCAGCAGGGCGGUGGCCAACGGGCAGGCAGCGGGCUGCAGCGAAGUUUUAUCUUAGCUUGGAAUUGGCGUGUUACAUUGAUAUGCGUGUGGGAAGGGAUAUAUUCAUUGUUUCAUUAGACAGUGGCGAGGGAUUCGCUUAUGUUAUCCUGACAUCAAAUCAGAGCGUUAAACUUGAGGCCAGCAAUGUCUAUGGGCCAUGGAGGAGUUAUAUUUCCACAAGCACUAGCACCAGUAAGGUUCUGGCAUGGGAGGCGCCAUCCCGUGAAACUCUGUUGAGGAAGAUAGACUGUGCUAUGAAGGAUGGAAAUGUUGAAGAGGUGCUGCAAUCUUUCAGCAAUUACAAGAAGCUUCAUGGUCUUCCUGAGCCACGGGUACUGAAUAGUAUGAUCGUGUCGCUGUCCUACAUGUCUAGUCGGAGGUGGCUUCAGAGGGCAUUUGACAUGGUUCUCUCAGUUUAUCAAAUUAACAGAAAUCUUCUUAAUUGUGGCUCCCUGAUGAGGCUAGCGUUGGCGCUUGCGAGAGAUCAGAAGCCUGUCCCGGCCUCCACGGUCUUGAGGAUCAUACUGGAGAGUAGAAAGCUUCCUGAUGUUGAUAUGCUGAGCAUGUCGUUUCUGCAUAUGUUGAAGUCACAGGUAGGAUCCUACCUUGCCACGGAUGUUCUGAUUGAGACUUGCGAGAGUUUCUUGGACCAAGUUACAGAUAGGCGGGAGAUGAAAAAACUGGAUCCAAUAAAAAACAGUGCCACCUUGUUCAAUAUGGUUUUGGAGUCAUGCGUGAACUUUAAAUGCAUUAUCAAGGCCCAGAAAAUAAUGGAGCUGAUGUCAUUGAUCGGAGUUGUGGCCGAUGUAAAUACAGUGGUGAUGGCUAGCCGUGUUUUUGAGAUGGUUGGGCAACGAGAUGAGUUGAUACACAUGAAAAGAAGCAUCGACUCUUUAACAUCUUUGACAUUUCUUCAGUACUACCAGCAUUUUUAUGACAGUCUAUUGAGUCUGCAUUUCAAAUAUAAUGACAUGGAUGCUGCGGCAAAGUUUUUAAUCGAUCUGCAUCAGCAACGGAAACCUGGUGUUUUCUUUUGCAAUGAUUUGCAGAAACAAAGUAUCAUACAAAUUGGCUCUGGAAAUCUGAAAAGCGGAUAUAGAAUAAUGUUUGAUCCUGGAAAAGUUGACAGGGGUUUUGUUUUGGGUACAGAAAGCCAAUUCGGCCUUGUUAUUCUUACUGAUGGAAACCUUCUUCAUACUGAAAAGGCUCUUGCUAAACUUAUUAUAGGCUGUGUGAAAUCAAGGAAUAUGCAUAUACUGUCUAGCUUUUUAAUUACAUCACGUAAAGAUGGUCUAGAGUUAAUUUCUCCACAAGAUGUGGUCAAUGCAUGCAUUCAAAUGGGAUGGUUGCAUGCUGCUCAUGAUAUCAUAGAUGAUUUGGAGUCAGCUGGGAUUCCAAUUGGGAUUACUGGUUACAUUUCUCUUCUGAGAGCAUAUGAGAAGGAGAAUAAGUCAGAAGAAUCCAAUGGCCUUCUUCAACAGAUACAAAAGAUAGCAUCUACCAUGGAUGGUAUUCAUACUAAUUCUCCAUUUGCAAUCAAGAAUAUUGCCAAAGUAGUGAAAUAUGAAAUGCCCCUCGGUAGUUCAUCUUUGCUUGCUGCUUUGGCUGAUGAAAUUAAGCAUUACAACGCUGGAGAGCACUUGACAUUAGAGUUCAAUAAUUCAGUUCUUUUCUUCUGCAAGGCAAAAAUGAUGGAAGAUGCUCUUUGCACAUAUAAGCGUAUGAGAGAGCAAAAUAUCAGACCCACAUUGCAUACUUUUUGCCAUAUAUUGUGCGGUUAUUCUUCAAUGGACAUGCAUAGAGAGAUCACCAUGCUGUGGGGAGAAAUAAAGCGCAGACUUGAAUAUGGAGAGCUAGAUUUGGAUAGGGACUUGCUUGAUUGCUUGGUUUUGAAUUUUCUUAAAGGUGGAUAUUUUUCGAGGGUGAUGGAGAUCAUUAGUUACAUGUCAAAACAUAACAUUUACUGUGACAAGUGGAAAUACAGGCAUGCCUUCCUGAAGUUACACAAGAACCUGUAUAGGAAUCUGAAUUCAUUGCAUGACAAAACAGAAGCUCAAAGUAAAAGGAUUGAAGAUGUCCAAGCUUUCAGGUCGUGGGCAAACAUUAAGUAG